AACGAUACGCUCGUGCGUAACUACCCUAAGUCAAACGUAGAAAAGAUAAUAUUCCAAUAAUGCAUUGUUCGCUAUGCAAGUCGGUGGUGAGUGACUGUGUCAAAUGUGGAUGGUGCAAUAAAGAACUGUGCUUCGGCUGCGCGAGCAUCACUGAGGCGGGCUACAGGAAGCUGGGCGCCGAUCGCAGGGCCGCCUGGAGAUGUCCUCAGUGCCGCAGCCCUGCCUCAGCUUCGUCGGCGCCCGCCUUGGCUGCAUCUCCGCCAAAUACCAACAUCGGGGUUGCGUCCAUCGAAGUGGUCCUCAGCGAGAUCCGCGACUUGAAGGCGCAAUUUAAAUUCAUUCAUUCCCUCGCGGACGACGUGAAGACCAUAAAAAAAGAUAUUGCCGACUUAAAAUUGUCAUUGGAAUUCAAUCAUGAAAAAAUAACAUCAUGUGAAUCCAGGAUUACAGUAGUCGAGCGGAGUGUUGCGGAACUUGUGCCAUUACGAGUCGCCCUUGAAUCAGCCCAGUUAGAAAUUUCUAACCUAAAAACCGAACUAACCAACAAGGAGCAGUGGUCGCGACUCAACAAUAUCGAAAUCAAAGGAGUGCCCUUAAAGAAAGACGAGAACCUCUUUUCUUUGAUUGAAUUAAUACAGCAGAAGAUCGGUUUUUCGUUUAAUAAAUCUCAAAUAAACUACAUUGCCCGUGUUCCGUCUUUCUCUGGGAGUGCUAAAUCUAUUAUUGUCACCUUUGUGAAUCGCUAUGUUAAAGAGGAGUUCGCCGCCGCGGCGCGGGCCAACAAGGAUUUGUAUGCGAAAGAUAUCGGUUUCGAGGGUGAUAAACAACGGAUCUUCAUAAAUGACCAUCUCACGCCGCAUCACAAAGCCCUACUUACUAAAACGAAGCGACUUUGCUUCGAGAAGGGCUACAAAUACGUUUGGGUAAAAUACUGUAAGAUUCACGUCAGAAAGAACGAUACUAGCCCUGUGUUUACUAUACUGAAAGACAACGAUUUAAACAAAAUAAUUUGAUUUGUUACCAACUUAUUAUUGUUUCAAACCUAUCUUGUAAUUUUAUGCCUUAUUAUAUAAGUAUUAAGGUCGUAAGUCGUGUUGUUCUUCUAUUUGUCUUGUUUGCCUUCAUAUUAAAGAUACGAAAAAUGUCGAUUAUGUUUGUGGGUAUUAAUUCCGAACCGGGAACA